AACACCGGUGGGCAUCUUGCUCCUUCCUGCCUGCCACAGAGAACAGUUUUCCCACCUGAACUUCCCCUCCGGCAGCCUCCUGUUUCAGGCAGCCUCUGUUUAUUUCACAGGCUGGUUUUGUGCCCAAGCCUGAGACAGAACCAGAGAACUCCAGGAAAGGAAAGGCUCGCCAAAGGAAUUUUCCAAGGGCUCCGACGCCAGGACUUGCAGCUCCCGUGGUCAGCCAGGGAGGACAACGUGGGCUUUGAGGCUCAGACCCUGGGGCCAUGGCGGGCCAGGGCCUGCCCCUUCACGUGGCCACCCUGCUGGUGGCUGCGGGAGUGCUCUUUGGCUGGACUUCCCUGGUGUUCGUCUUCAAAAAAGAGCACUACUUUGAGGAGCUGUGUGAGCCGCCGUCUGGAACGCUGGGCAACACCGCUGAUUGCAAAGCCCAGGAUGAGAGGUUCUCGCUCAUCUUCACCCUGGCGUCGUUCAUGAACAACUUCAUGACGUUCCCCACCGGCUACAUCUUUGACCGAUUCAAGACCACUGUGGCCCGCCUCCUAGCCAUAUUUUUCUAUACGAGUGCCACCCUCACCAUAGCCUUCACCUCUGCAGGAAGUGAAGAUCUGCUAGGCUGGGCUAGACUGAAGUCAGGAGCCAGGAACUCCAUUUGGAUCUCCUGUGUUGAUGUGAUGACCCAGAUUGGGAACCUAUUUGGCAAGCAUCGUUCGACCAUCAUCACCCUCUGCAAUGGCACAUUUGACUCUUCCUCAGCAGUCUUCCUUAUCAUCAAGCUUCUUCAUGAACAGGACAUCAGCCUCAGGGCCUCCUUCAUCUUCCUCUCUGUCUGCAGCGUCUGGCACGUGGGACGCACUUUUCUCCUGAUGCCCCAGGGGCACAUCCCCUGCCCUCUGCCACCCAACUACAGCUAUGGCCUGUGUGCUGGGAAUGGUACCACAGCAACAGAAAAGAAGAAAACAGCUGAGCAAGAGAACAGGGAGCUGCAGUCAAAGGAGUUCCUUUCCGCCAAGGAUGAGACCUCAGGACCAGGGCAGCAGCAGGGAUCCGGCUCCUUCUGGAGCUAUGCUCUCUCUUGGUGCUUCACCUGGCAUCUGGUGUCUGUGAUACAGCUCUGGCACUACCUCUUCAUUGGCACUCUCAACUCCCUGCUGACCAACCUGGCCAACGGGAACGGGAACAUGGUGCUUGUCAGCACUUACACAAAUGCCUUCGCCAUCACUCAGUUCUUCGGAGUGCUGUGUGCCCCCUGGAAUGGCCUGCUCAUGGACCGGCUGAGGGACGUGAGAAAGACCGGUUUCUCUGACGCAUCGGUGGCCCUCUUCUCUGCCGUGCCCUCGCUGGCCCUGACGUCCCUGCUGUGCCUGGGCUUUGCCCUCUGAGCCUCGGUCCCCUUCCUCCCCCUUCAAUACGUCACCUUUGUCCUGCAAGUGAUCAGUCGCUCCUUCCUGUGCGGGGGCAAUGCAGCCUACCUCACCCUUGCUUUCCCUUCGGAGCACUUUGGGAAGCUGUUUGGGCUGGUGAUGGCCUUGUCGGCCAUUGUGUCCCUGCUGCAGUUCCCCCUCUUCACCCUCAUCAAAGGUCCCCUCCAGAAUGACCUGUUCUACGUGAACGUGGUGCUGGUGCUGGUCACUCUCCUGACGUUCAUCCACCCCUUCCUGGUGUACCGGGAGUGCCGUGCUCAGAGAGAAGCCCCCUGUGCCACCGCGUAG